AUGAGAAGGCAGCUCCGCUCCAGAAGGGCUCCGGCCUUCCCUUACGGUUAUCGCUACAGACUUGAUGAUCAGGAUGAAGUAAAUCAGAACUACUUAGCAGAUGAGGAGGAGGAAGCAGAAGAAGAGGCUCAGGUGAUGCUGGCUCCUGGUCUGGAGGAAGAGGAAGAAGAGGAGGAAGGAAAAGAGGAGGAGGAAGAAAGGGAGGAAGAAGGUCAGGGUCAGCCGACAGGCAAUGCCUGGAGGCGGAAAUUGCAGACGGUGACUGAAUACCUUUGGGACCCGGAGAAAAGGAUGUCUCUGGCCCGAACAGGUCAGAGUCGGAGUCUGAUUUUAGUCAUUUACUUCUUCUUCUAUGCCUCCCUGGCUGCUGUGAUCACCCUAUUCCUGUACAUGCUGUUCCUAGCCAUCAGUCCCUACAUGCCAACCUUCACCGAGCAGGUGAAACCUCCCGGAGUCAUGAUCAGACCCUUCGCUCAUAGCCUUAACUUCAACUUCAACGUUUCCCAACCUGAAACUUGGCAGCAUUAUGUGGUCAGCCUGAAUGGCUUUCUCCAGGGCUAUAACGACAGUCUUCAAGAGGAAAUGAAUGUAGAUUGUCCUCCAGGACAGUUCUUCAUCCAAGAUGGGGAUGAGGAUGAGGACAAGAAGGCCUGCCAAUUUAAGCGCUCCUUCCUGAAGAAUUGCUCUGGGCUGGAGGACCCUACUUUUGGAUACUCUACUGGACAGCCUUGCAUCCUCCUCAAAAUGAACCGGAUUGUAGGCUUUCGUCCUGAGCUUGGAGACCCUGUGAAGGUAGCCUGCAAAGUUCAGAAAGGUGACGAAAAUGACAUUCGAUCCAUCAGUUACUACCCAGAGUCGGCUUCUUUUGACCUCCGCUACUACCCUUACUAUGGCAAACUGACUCACGUUAACUACACCUCGCCCCUGGUCGCAAUGCAUUUUACAGAUGUGGUGAAGAACCAAGUAGUGCCUGUACAGUGCCAGCUGAAGGGCAAAAGCAUCAUAAAUGAUGUUAUCAAUGAUCGUUUUGUGGGGAGGAUAAUCUUCACCCUGAACAUAGAAACCUAG